UCCCGCCGCCAACCCCAGGUUUCGUGCGACUCUUGCCGGCAGAAGAAGCUGAAGUGUGAUCGCAGAGACCCGUGCUCCAGUUGUCGGGCUCGCGGGCUGGACUGCACCGGUCAAUUGCAGCCACUUCCUACUCACCAGAGCAAUGUUCAUGUUGCUCUCGAUGCUACCUCCACCAGGACAGAUGAAUCCAUUCUAGGGAGGCUCGCCGCGCUGGAGCAGGCGGUUUUCGGCUCGAGCAAGGUCUCUACUACCUCCAUAAACCACUCAUCGCCGUCUUUCCUGCAUCACGAGCGCCAUCGGGCAGCCAAAUUCCUCGACUCGGCCUACAACUCUCAGCAGACCAUUGCCACGGACAGUGUUGGGCCUUACCUGGAUGCGUCUCACAUUAUUCCCGAUACCACUAGUGGGAGCAAUCCACAAUGGCUCGUUUCCCAGACGGACGCUCUCUCCUUGCUGCACGACUUUUUCGACAACGCGUACCACCUUCUCCCCAUUGUCCACAUGGCCGUGGCCGAAAAGCUCAUCGGCAACUUCUACUCGCAGCUCGCAAGCGGAGGCGAUACUGAAGUCAACCUGGCUCACGCUGCUCUUAUCCUCAGCAUAUCCGCUACGAGCGCUUACUUCUGGAAUUCCAACGACGCCACAACCUGCCAACAUGGCUUCGAGUCGGCCGCGCAGGCCUCUCUCACAUGGCGACAAUCGGCAUUGGACGCGCUCGACAAGUGCCAACGCGCCGGCUCCAGCAGCCUUGAGGAAGCCCAGGCGCGUGCCAUCGUCGCCGCCUUGGUCUACAAUGCCGAGGGCCAGUCAACGCGAUUCCGACUGCUGCACAGUGGCUCCGUGGCCGCAUGCCGCGAGAUGGGCGUGCAUCUGGUCGACAGCCCCGGAUUCGUCGACUCGACCACGGACGACCAUGCCACCAGGGAGAUCAAGCGCCGACUGUGGUGGCAUGUGACGGCCACGGACUGGAUGCUCGCCCUGAAUGGCGGUCCCUUGGAUGGCACAUACACAAUCCACCCACGCCAUAUGAACGUUGCGAAGCCGCGCAACCUCAACGACGAAGAUUUGGCCAAACUGGCCGUCGAGGUGGAUGGUUGGGCCCACCCACAGACCGUGCCGACGCAGAUGAGCUGCUUCCUUCAUCGCAUCCGGCUCGCCGAAGUCUGCCGCGCCGUCGUCGAUGCGCGCACGCCAGGCCUGCCGGAUGUAGAAGACGCAAACUACGACCAGGUGCUGGCACUGGACCUCCUGUUCGAGCGUGCCCUCGCCGAGUUCCCGCCGUUCAUGUCCCUCGACGCACCGAUGCCGCCAGGGGCCCCACGUUUCUUGCCUCUACAGCGCGCCCUCGUCCACCUGGGCUUCCACUCCCGGCGCGCACGUCUCCACCGGCCAUUUCUUCUCUGCAAGGACGACGACGAGGGGUACCGGUACCGUAAAUCGCGUGAAAUCUGUCUACGAUCUGCGCGAAUCGUGCUCGACAUCUCGACGGGGUGGUUGGAGCAAUCACUUGCGGAGCGGCAUCACCCACAGCAACACAGCAGCAGCACCCACGGCCCGCCCAUACACCGCCUAGGCACCGUCGUCAACCACAUGUUCAUGGCUUGCGCCGUCUUGGCGCUGGCUGCCAAAGGCUCGUCUGACCCUGAGCGGAUGCCCAAGUGCACCCACGCGGGCAUGGACGAGAUCCACAAGGAACUGAAACGCGCCCGCCAUUUGCUCGCCGCGGCUGGCAAGGAGUCAAUCGUGGCUCGGGGCCUUGGUCAUGGGCUGACGGCUGUGCUCAAGCGAUAUCGCGUCAAGGGA